AUGGAUCAAAAGACAAGAAAAGUGUGCCAUUUAUUGCGCACCGGGGUCGCUGCUAUAUUCGGGCCGCAGUCGUCGCACACGGCCUCUCACGUUCAGAGCAUUUGCGACACCAUGGAGGUGCCUCAUCUGGAGACGCGCUGGGAUUACCGACUGAGACGGGAGAGCUGCCUGGUCAAUCUCUACCCCCAUCCCACGACGCUCUCGAAGGCCUAUGUGGACUUAGUCCAGGCUUGGGGCUGGAGGACUUUCACGAUUAUUUACGAGAACAACGAAGGCCUAGUACGACUUCAGGAACUUCUUAAAUCUCAUGGAUUAUCGGAGUUUCCGAUUGCCGUACAUCAACUCGGCGAAGGAUCAGAUCACAGACCAUUGCUUAAGCAAAUCAAGAAUUCUGCAGAGUCACAUAUCGUGUUAGACUGUUCAACCGAUAGAAUAUACGAUGUUCUCAAACAAGCUCAACAGAUAGGAAUGAUGAGCGAUUAUCAUAGCUAUCUAAUCACGUCACUGGAUAUCCACUCAGUAGAUUUAGAAGAAUUCAAAUACGGUGGCACCAACAUCACCGCCUUAAGACUGGUAGAUCCAGAAAAACCAGACGUCCAAAAAGCAGUCAGAGAAUGGAUACAAGGAGAGCAAAGGCUCGGAAGAAGGUUGGACGCAGCUGCAUUUGUGACACGGGAAAACUCGACAGUGAUCAAGGCGGAAACUGCGUUAAUGUACGAUGCUGUUUUGCUGUUUGCAAAAGCCCUUCACGACUUGGACACGAGUCAACAAAUUGAUAUUCAGCCGCUGUCCUGUGAUGCGCAAGACACGUGGCCCCAUGGGUACAGUUUAAUUAAUUACAUGAAAAUUGUGAGUAUUAUCGGAAUAGGAUUUAAUGAAUAUUUGAUGUCAUUGGUAGUAUUGCUGUACAUGAGUACUGAAAAACAGGAUAAAUUGUUGGUUACCGGCAAAAUGGUUAAUAAAUUGUUUUACAACACAGUUUUAAGUCAAUGUUUUUCGAAUUGUGGAAAAUAUCUAAUUACUGGUAAUUUAUAUGGUGAUAUAUCAAUUUUUGAUCUAGAUAAUGUAUUAAAUCCUACAGAUGCUAUUAUCAUCAAAAUACAGAAGCCAGUCUGUAAUUUUUCAGCAAGUGCUAACUUUCCCGUUUGGAGCCUGGUUAUGACAAACACCUUUCUAGUCGCAGGCUCUGUGAAUGAAAUAUUUGGGUGGAAUUUCAAAUCCCUCUUGUCUUCUAAUGUUACAAAACCAGCUUGGACGAUAAAAACUUCAUCGAAUAGGAAUAAUGUGAGUACUGAUGUUAAUACAAUAUGGUAUGAUUCAAUUAAUGAAAGAAUUCUUGCUGGGUGUAGCGAUGGCAUCAUGUACUUGUACACACUAGAAGAUGGCUCAUUAGUUCGAAAUUUUGAAGGACACAAAGAUUAUUUACAUUGGAUUGAAGGAGACUCAUCCCAGAUUGCAUCAGCAAGUGAAGAUGGUACGGUUAAAAUGUGGGACUUGAAUCAACAAAGUUUCACAAAUGAAUUGGCACCAUAUAAAGAAGAAAAACUUCAGAGACCUAAAAUUGGCAAGUGGGUUGGUUGUGUUACUAUAAAUCAAGAUUGGCUGGUGUGUGGCGGCGGACCAAAACUCUCCCUCUGGCAUUUAAGAUCUUUAGAAAUGUCAACUGUAUACGAUUUACCUAAUUGUGGAAUACAUGUAACGAGUUUUGUUGAUGACCACAUAUUAGCCGCUGGUGGUUCUGGACAUGUAUACCAAAUGACAUAUGAUGGAACUCUUCUGAGUGAUAUUGCAACAACACCAACAGCUGUAUACAGUGUGGUACACAGAAAUAUUCCAAAGAAAGUUAUGUCGAUUGCAGGAUCUAGUAAUAUCUUAGACAUAUCUACCAGUUUCAGCUAUAAAGAUCAAGUGAUAGCUUUCAAAUAAAAGAAAACUGUGCCUAAUGUAAAUACUCUUUAAAUAUUAAAGUACCUUCAUUUUAUACUUAGUAGUAGAUAAUAUUUUACCAUGAUUGAUAAUUAUUAUGAAUGAUUUCUAAUUUAUAUAAAUUAUUUUUUAUCAUAGAAGG